UAGACUAUCAAGAAUUAUUUUGUUGCAGGAUUCAGAAAAUGAUAUUCAGUAUCAUUGAUCUGGGAACACUGAAGCCUCGCCUAAAAGGCUAGACCCUGCUCAAACCCUUUGCCCCCAGGUCCAUGUGAAGGCUGCUGUCUGGUUCAACACAUGUGUGUUUGGCUUUUCAGGAGUCAGUGACCUUCAAGGACGUGGCCAUAAAUUUCACCCAAGAGGAGUGGGGGCUCUUGGAUUCUUCUCAGAAGGAGCCGUACAGGAAGGUGAUUCUCAAGAACUAUAGCAACUUGAUGUGCCUUGGACUCACAGCCUCCAGACUGGACCUCAUCUCCCAUUUGAAGCAAGGGGAAGCAUCUUGGAUGGCAAGGAGAGACCUGGAGGCAGACACAUGGCCAGAUGUAAAACUCAAGACUAAACACCAGCAAUAUUUCAGAUGCUGGACAGUUCCCCAUCAGUUAAUGACCCAAGAAGUUGACUCUGCUCCGGUCCAGGCAGCUCCCUGGCUUCUUCCAAGUGAGGGGCUUUGGCUGACGUUCAGACACACGAUGCUUCACAUUCGGAGAGACACUUUCUGUCUGCUUUCUCCCUUGCUCUUGACACUGUGCUUGCAGCUCUUUGCUUCUCUCUGCAGGGCGGAGGAACCCAUCUGCUUCCACAAAAUCAGCCCCAGCCUCACUGGAGAUGGGGACCCACUGAUUGGAAGUUUUCUCCCUCUGUAUGCAGUGAAGGUGAGCAAUGUCACAGGAGCAGCACUAUUUACAAGUCAGCCUAACAAAGACUGUAGGAGUUAUCAGUACCUGAACAAAAAUUACCAGCAACUCGUGGUAAUAGCUUUUACUUUAAAAGAGAUUAUCAGGAAUCCCCAUCUGUUGCCCAACAUUUCCCUGGGAUUACAAAUCUACAACUCCUAUUCCAGUGAUGAAAGGACCUUGGAGAGCUCCCUGCGGUGGCUGUCUGGGGUGGACCAGCUCAUCCCUAAUUACAACUGCAGAGGGCAGGACAAGAAUUUGGCUGUCAUUGGAGGAGCCACAUCAGCUCUCUCUGUGCAGAUGGGGACCCUACUUGCGCUCUACCACUUUCCACAGAUAAGCUAUGGUCCAUUUGAUCCUGCUCUUACUGACAAAGUACAGUUUCGUUCAUUCUAUCAGAUGGGCCACAAAGAAUCUUCUCUUCCCCGAGGUAUUGUCCGCUUAUUGGUAUAUUUUGAAUGGAACUGGAUAGGUCUGGUUGUCUUUGAUGAUAUGAGAGGUGAGGAAUUCCUCAGGGAAAUGAAAAAGGAAAUGAUAAAGAACAGAGUUUGUGCAUCCUUCACAGAGAAGAUCCCUCUCAGUGACAGAAAAAAUAAGAAAUCAUAUGAGACCUUCUUGCCUAGGAUCCUAAUGUCAGAAGUCAAAGUGAUUGUCAUCCACACUGACACAGAUUCAUUAAUAAUUCUGGGAUCCCCAACAGAUCAUUUUGUCCCAACCAAGAAGGUGUGGAUUGUCACAUCUCACUCAGAUAUUACUCAGAGACCCUUCGAUCAUCAUGGUUCUACUUUCCAUACAACUCUCUUCUUUCCAUACGUGAUAAGUCAAAUUCCUGGCUAUAAGAGUUUUAUAGAGGAAAAGAUCGUUGAUGCUAAUUCAAGUAAUCUUCUUCUUAGGGCAAUUCAGCCACCAUCUUUUAAGUGCUCAAGUCAAUCAGAAAUUCCAGAGCAAGAGUUAUAUUCACCAAAUGCCUCCUCCUUGGAGACUUUGCCUCUGUACUCUCUUGAAAUAAUCAUGUCUAGCUUGAGUUACAACAUUUACAAUGCUUUUUAUGCCAUGGCUUGGGCUCUUCAUGAAAUGCUGAUGAGGAAAUCUGAGAAAAGUUCAAUGGGAAAUGAAGAAUCUGUAAUACCUCAUUCAUGGCAGCUGCACUCCUACCUGAAGAAGAUCCAGUUUAAGAACGGAGCUGGUGACCAGGUGUUUGUGGAUGAGAAUAGAAGCCCGGAGACUCCGUAUGCCAUCAUGAACUAUGUGUUCUUGAAUAAAGAUACUGAAAUUCUUUUUUAUGUAGGGAACUUCCUCCCAGAGGCUCCACUUGGUCAAGAUUUUACAAUUUGUGCAGAUGCCAUAGUAUGGGACCAGUGGGGUUCGAAGGUUCCCUCUGCAGUCUGCAGUAAAAGUUGUCCUGCGGGAUUCAGGAAGUCCACAUUGGAGGGGAAGGCUGCCUGCUGCUUCAACUGUUCUCCAUGCUCAGAAGGGGAGAUCUCCAGUCAGAUGAAUGCCGAGCAGUGUAAGAAGUGCCCAGAGGAUGAAUAUCCCAAUGAGCAGAGAGAUCGCUGCCUCCCCAAGACUGUGACCUUCCUGGAUGUGAAUGAACCUUGGGGGACAGCAGUGACAGCUGUAGCUGUUUCACUCUCAUUCCUCACAGCCCUGGUUCUGUGGGUCUUUGUGAAGUUCCAAGAGACUCCCAUAGUCAAGGCCAAUAACCGGAACCUCAGCUACCUGCUCCUCACCUCCCUUUCCUCCUGCUUCCUCUGCUCCUUGCUCUUCGUGGGCCGUCCCACCCCUGCUUCCUGGCUUCUCCAACAAACAGUGUUUGCAGUUGUGUUCACGGUGGCCGUUUCCUCCAUUUUGGCCAAAACCAUCAUCUUGGUUCUGGCUUUCAGGGUCACAGGGCCAGGGAGCAGGAUGCGGAUGUUCCUUCAUCCUAGAGUGCCCUACUGUGUGGUUCUCAUCUGCUCCGGAAUUCAAGGGCUUUUCUGUGCCAUCUGGUUGGGGACCCAUCCCCCCUUUCCAGAGGCAGACACAAGCUCUGAAUCCAGGCACAUCAUCCUCACAUGUAACGAGGGCUCCACUUUUGCAUUUUACUGCGUCCUGGGCUACAUGGGCUCUCUGGCCCUGGGCAGCUUCACCAUAGCCUUCCUGGCCAGGAACCUGCCCGAUGCCUUCAAUGAAGCCAAGUUUAUCACGUUCAGCAUGCUGGUGUUUUGCAGCGUCUGGGUCUCUUUCCUCCCCACAUAUCAGAGCUCCAAAGGGAAAGCUGUGAUGAUCGUGGAAAUCUUCUCCAUCUUGGCCUCCAGCGCCGGGUUACUGGGUUGCAUUUUUAUUCCCAAAUGUUAUGUGAUCCUCCUGAGACCUCUCCACUUCCAGAUUAGGUCUGUAGCGAUGCCAAAUUUGAUAGGAAACAGCCAGGACCCAGUGAUCUAG